GCAACCAAAGCAAACAAAGAAGUCUCUCUCUCUCUCUCUCUCCUCCUAAAGCCCAUUACCUCAGAAUUUCCGAAUACCUCUGUUUUCCUAAAUUUGUCUUGAGAAAUUCGCCAUAUGGGCGCCCCUAAAUUCCCUCCAAAUGAAAUGGGUUCUCCAUAAAAGCAACUCAAGAACACUUCUCUAGUCUCUUUCCUGGUCUUUUCUGUGAACUUAAGCAGCUAUGGCGGUCAGAACUGCUUCAUUUUCUUGCGUCACGACCUCACUUUCUUCUCCACUUCAAUACAGAAAAAGUUCGCAGAUCAGCUUAUCAAAGAUAUUGUUUGACAGGCAGCCAUUUGAUGCAAUGCAGCUAAGAAAUGCUAAAGUGUUGAAGGCAAAAGAUCUGUCUCCUAGCAGAAGAUAUAUCCUCUAUGCCACCUCUGAAGAUCAGUUCUUAUCCAGUGAGCUUGAACCAGGUGCCUUGCAAGAAGAAAACAGCAAUCCUCUAUCUGAAGAUAUGUCCCCUGUAAACAGUUCAUAUGCUCAUGCUGAGGGACUUGGAGGAAGGCCAGGUUUAAUCACAUUCUAUAAUCGUUCUCAUCAUGGAGAAGAGGAAACCCUUUUGUUCAUCCCGAAAAGGAAUCAGAAUGAUGUGCUCUGGUUUGUUGGGCCAGCUGUUCUUGUAGCCUCUUUUGUUUUUCCGUCACUUUAUUUGCGGAGGAUUCUGUCUGCUAUAUUUGAGGAUUCCCUGUUAACAGAUUUCCUUAUAUUGUUCUUCACAGAGGCUCUCUUUUAUUGUGGGGUCGCCGUGUUCCUUCUGCUGGUAGACCAUCUACAAAGGCCAAAUGUUCCAGUUUCUGCUGCAUAUAACAGAAACUGGAACUCUCAGUUGGGGCAUCGGAUCUCUUCAGUUGCUGUCUUAGUACUCAGUCUCAUAAUUCCACUAGUGACAAUGGGCUUUGUCUGGCCUUGGACUGGCCCGGCUGCUUCAGCUACUCUAGCCCCAUACCUUGUUGGUAUAGUCGUGCAGUUUGCAUUUGAGCAAUAUUCAAGGUAUACGAAGUCACCUUCGUGGCCUGUCAUUCCCAUUAUCUUUCAGGUUUACAGAUUGCACCAAUUGAACCGAGCAGCACAGCUGGUGACAGCCCUCUCAUUCACAGUUAGAGGAGCCGAGAUGACAUCCCACAACUUGGCGAUCAACAGUUCAUUGGGUACCCUUCUGAACGUCCUCCAGUUCCUUGGCGUGAUCUGUAUCUGGUCGCUCUCCAGCUUCCUCACGAGGUUCUUCCCUUCUGCCACCAUAGCCGAGCGAUGACAUUUGGCCUCACUGUCAUCUCACCUUCUUGUAAGGGCCCUGCUCCUUGGUCUAGUUUUGAGUUACCUGAAACGUAUGGUGCAUGGAUCUUGACUGCAGUUGGCUUAGCCUUUCUUGCUCCUCUAUGGCCUGGCUUUCUCCAUGGCAUUUGUCAAAGCUCUUUCUCUCUCUCUCUCUGCCUUUAUAUAUGCAAAAUAGGGAAGAAUAAAUGUUGAGUUGGUUGAUGCUUUGAUGUUUCUCACAUUGGCAUAUACUGCUCAACCCUAAGAGGUUUGAUCUUUUGGCAGAACCAGAGGGGGCUUCUUGUUAGUGCCAUGUUAGCUAUCUUUCUCUUCUUCUUCUUCUUCUUCGGCCAAUCGGGACAAAAUUACCAUUUUGCCCCUGAACAUUGUGAAUGGAUUUAUAAAUUUUUUAAAUGGAUUAAAAUGACUUUACAGCA